AUGUAAACAACGAGAUAGCAUGCGAUAGCACUUAUCUAUAGUUAUACCAUACAUUAUUAAAGUUUUCUAGUUCUUUUUUAUGGGUUUUCUCAUAUCAAGCAGUAAAUCGGUUCAAUUCUGGUAAAUUCAGAUCGCCUAAAAACCACACAUGUAGUCUACAGUUUCGUUAAAAUUUGUCCACAGCCUGCAUCUUAGUCCCUCAAGUCUAGUGUCAGUAACUGUAUCGUAAUAUGUCUUGCCAAUUUUGAACUUGAAACUUGAAUCAAAGAGCUUGUCAGUCCUUCACUUUGUAUGUUUUUUGGACAAGCUAUCGCCAAGAAUGUUUGAUGAUAGUAAUAAUCAAAGGGAAGAGUUCAUUUCAGUCUGGAAAAGUGAAAGGAGCGUGGCCAGUGUUGGGACGGAGACCGAUUUUAAAGUGAAUUUCAAAGAAGACUCAUCUCAAACCAUUGGCAGUCAUGACCAACAGGUGCAAGUCUCGGAUGCAUCUUUCAGUACAAACCAGCCAAGGUACAAUGAAGAGAAUUUGAUUGCAUUUCUACGCAAAGCAGGUCAAACCGUUUUGAAAGUUUUAGAUGAAGAAGAUCCUUCCUUGAAAUGUCUAUCAGAGCCAAUUACUGAGGAGGCUGAUGUAGAGUUCAAACAAAUAUGCUCUUUAGAAGGACAUGUUUCUGUCCUAGUUUCCAGCAUAUCAUGGAGUUGCGACGAAAAAUUGAUUGCGCUUAGCUAUCGUCAUCAUCAUGACAACUGGUGCCACCAUGCAGGAACAAUUCACCUCUUCAAGUACGAAGAGUCAUCAUGCCAAGAAUGUCCUGCAAAACAGCCUAUUCAUACCUUAACCUUGAAAAAUUGUGUAACCUCUGUCAGUUUCCAUCCAAACGAUCGAACUGUUCUUGCAGCUGGAACGGUAACUGGUGAUGUGUAUUUGUGGUCUGUGAAAAAAAGCAUUGUCAAAAGUGAAAUCUUCUCAGGCCACCACAGUGAUUGUAUCUCGCAGAUCUCAUGGAUUUCAAACCCAUCCAACUCAAAAUUGAUGUUGGCCUCAGCGUCCAAAGAUAGUUUUAUAAUUGUGUGGGAUGUGUCUCUACAAUCUAAUUCUAUCAAACCAAAACUUAGAUUUUUCUUUGAGGAUGAGUCCCACCCCAGUGUCGAGCCCGGCAUUCGUUGUUUUUCAUUCGCGCCAUUGCAACCAGACUGUUUUGUGGUUGCUUUGAUGAAUGGCAAUCUGUUGAAGUGCUCAAUUGUUGCAGCACGCCCAAUUCCUCAAGUCAAAGACAAAAAAUACUCUAUGCAAAAUGCGGUUGUGAGUGCAUAUAAAAAAUGUUCCUCAAGUCCUGUGAUCUCCAUCGAUUUCCAACAAACCAAGAAUAAUAUGUUUGUGGCUGUUGCUACCGAUCAGAAGUGUUUUGUGUACUCUCUCACGGAGAUGGAACCUUUACGAGUUAUAAUCAGCGAUGAAAAUAUUAUUGGUGCAAGUUGGUAUCAACCAGACACUCAGUAUUUCAUGACAUGGGGAGAGAGCGUUGCAACUUUCUACAACGUAAAGAGGGAGAAUUUUCGAUUGAAUUUCAAGCCGUUUCAAUCCAAAGUGGAUUCAACGUUGAUCUCAGCAGUCUGCUUCAAUCCACAAAUGCAAAAUCGGGCUGCCUUCGGAGCAGAAAGUGGCAAAACAGUUGUCUGGAAAAUCCCUACGAGAGUCAACAAGGAUGAGGAUGCUCUCUCAUAAGCUAAUAUCUUGCUGUCUACUUGCACCUCUGAGAAUUUUGAAGAAACUCCGUCCAUUAAGUAUUCUUGAAUCUAGUCAUUUAUGUUUUAAGUAGUUCUGUAAAGUUGUAUACUAUUAUGCAUGGAUUAAUAAAUACCUUUUUCCAAUCAUCAAA